UCGUAAUGAAGAGAAAUGGCAGGAAUCAUUCUGUGCAGAAAAAGAAAUAAUGGCUUAAACAAUGGCUCUGGUUUGGGGGACAUUAUAUAUAUAUAUAUUGAGCGUAAUAGUAAAACAGAAUUUUAUUACCACACGAACAUCUCGAUUAAAUUAAAGUGCGUGCGCAAGAGACUUGUGGGUAUACUUUAUUUUUCGGAUUUUGUGUACGUGAUAUCCAAUAUAUCACAAAAUUUUGUAAUGAAAUUUAAAGAGAUUGUAAAUAAAGGAAUGGCGGAAGAGAAAGAAUCACAUAAGGUCAAUUAUGAAUGGAAAAUUAUUUGGAGACAUGUCAUUAUUUUCAUUUAUAUUCAUCUUGCAACCAUUUAUGGAUUAUAUCUAGCUUUUCAUUAUGCUAACCUUUUGACCUUUAUGUGGUUUCUCAGUUUUGGUAUCGUUUCGGGUAUAGGCACCACUGCUGGUGCUCAUAGACUAUGGUGUCAUCGGUCUUAUAAGGCAAAAUUUCCAAUGAGACUUAUUCUUAUCACUUUUCACACUAUGGCUUGUCAAAAUAACAUUUACGAGUGGGUCAGAGACCAUAGAGUUCAUCACAAAUUCACCGAUACUGAUGCUGAUCCAUAUAACGCGCGUAGAGGAUUUUUUUUCUCUCAUAUCGGCUGGCUUAUGCUUCGCAAACAUCCGGAAGUCAUCAAGAAGGGUGCCAUGAUUGACAUGAGCGAUCUCGAGCGAGAUCCUCUUGUGGUCUUUCAAAGAAAAUGGUACAUAUAUUUGACAUUAUUAUUAUCUUUCAUCAUGCCAACCAUAAUACCUUGGAUGUGGGGCGAGAAUUUGUGGUAUGUAUGGCAUUAUACCGUUGCCAAGUUUUGCAUAAAUUUACAUGCCACUUGGUCGGUGAAUUCCGUGGCUCACAUGUGGGGUGUAAAACCAUUUAAUAAAUCAAUCACCCCCACCGAUAAUGCUGGUGUCUCUUUCUUUACGUUUGGCGAAGGCUGGCAUAACUAUCAUCACGUUUUCCCUUGGGAUUACAAAGCAGCAGAGCUUGGAAAUUAUUGGCUCAAUUUUACCACAGCUUUUAUCGACUUCUGCACUUAUAUAGGUUUAGCUUACGAUUUAAAAACUACAUCUGCCGAUAUGGUGAAAAAACGUGUUGUUCGAAGCAACGAAAUGAGUUACUAAUUGUUCUAAUAAAAUGAAAUAUAUAUAUAUAUCUGUACCUGAUCACCAGUAGUACAGCAUUGUAAAAUUGAGAUAUGGAUAUCCAUUUUUUUGAAUAU